UUUGAAACAAGAAGAAGAAAAGAGGCUCAGAGUAGAAGUGCUGUGUGAGAAAAGGAGAGAAGACCUCCGAAGGAAAGAAGAUCAAUGUUGUAAAGAGAUGGAGGAGAAACAGAAACUUGAGUUACAGUCUAGGAAUUUAGAAAUGGAGUUAAGAACACUGAGAAGGCUCUUGAAACAGGUUGAAGAGGAACGUGAUGAAACACAGAGACAGCGCUCUCAGGAAAAGAGGGCCAGAGCCCUUCAAGAAGGAAUUUUGAACAACCACCUUGGGAGACAAAAGGAACUAGAAGAAGAGACAAGAAGAUCUAUAGGAAAAAAUUCAGAGGAAUCCAGCACUGAUAGAGAAGAGGAUCUGUUGUACAAGAAUCAGUUACUACAAGAUGAGAUUGCUAUGCUAAGGCUAGAACUCACUCAAGUAAGACUUAGGCACCAGGAGGAACAAGGAAAAUAUUUAAAGGAAAAUGAGACCUUGAAAGAAAAAAAUGAAGCUCUCAAAAAGGAACUUAAACUGCACAAGGAAGCAUUAAGACAAAUGUUUUUUCAGUUCAACGCGGAGCUGGACUUAGUAAAGAGAGAAUCUGCAGUGCUGACUUCCAAACUUGAGCAGACAAACAAAAGCAAAGACAGACUAGAGACAGAAAUUGAAUCAUUGCGUUCCUCCCUGAACGCUGCAGUUCAAGAACUUGAACUUCAUUUGUCAUCAAAAAGCAAUGCUGAACGAAGAUUUCCCAGAGAACGUGAUGAAUGCCUUUGCUUGCAAGUCGAGCUCCAUCGUGACCUCUCUGACGUGCAAGAAACCAACAAGAGCUUGUCUCUGCAGCUGUGUAAAGCUAAAAGCAAAGCUAACAGGCUAGAAAAUGAGCUUCACCAGUUGAAGCAAAUGCUCAGAGAAAAAGCUUUGCUUUUAGAAAUGACAAAAAAGAAUUAAG